GCACAUAAUAAAUACGACGGUUAAAUCGAGGAGUGGAUUCUCUAAGAAGAUCUUGAGCAGCUAACAUCUCAAGAAACAUCAAAUAUGCAGCUAUUACAAGCACUCUUCCUCACCAUUAUCUUUGGUGCCAUCUCAUCUAAUGCUGGCGUUAUCAGGAACGCUAGAGCAAACAGAAGACGGGUUAAAGCUCAUGUUCAUCAAAAAGAAAUCAAGACGAAAUACAGUCAUCCUAACGGACUCGCUUCACCAGACGAUCUCCUCAAUUUCUACAAAAUAAACGGAAAAAUACCCGACAACAGGCUUGCACAGAUCCUUGGGAGGGCGCGUGACAUCGUAAGGAAUAAGUUACAACCCAUUGCAAGUGACUUAAUCCACGGAAUUCGACAUUCGGUGGGAAAACGAAGUAUCUCAAAAAGAAGUGUCUCAAAAAGAAGUUUCUCAAGAGGAAGGAGAUCAAAUACGGUGGAAAUAGAUGCGGAGACGCUAGCCUUGUUAUUAGCUGCUCAUGGCGACAAAUUAGACGAGGUUUUGAAUAUGAUAGUUGCUGGGACGCAAGACUCGACGGCGAAUACGCUCCAGGAAUCUCUCAGCAACGUCAUCGGAAGUACUGACUACAUCGCCAUUGCCCACGCUAUCGGCUAAACACUUACAAGAUCUGCAGGCUUUAUCAUAUUAUUUAUUAUCAUCGCCAUAAAAUGGAACUUCCAGUCAUGGACUACAUACAGCUGAUGACGUAAAAGAUCUCUUCCGUACUAUAUACAGAACUAUGCAAAUUAAAAUUAAAGUUGAAAUUUGUUUAUCAUGCUAAUGAACUGGACGCUUGUGAUUGUGAUUCGCAUGGACGGGACACAGCAGAGGUUUUUUUUGGAUUAAAGGCUAAUAAUGGAUGCAAUUAUCCUUAUCCUCCUUUAUAUUUGGGAGGGUUUCAUCAAACGAGUUUUGGACGUUUGCGUUUGGUAUCACAAGCAUGAUUAGAUUCCAAUUUAAUGAAAUAGACUGAAAAUUCGAGAAAGGGAAAGACAUCUUGAGUAAAUUUAAAUUUGAUUCUGAUUUCUCUGUUGUGGCUGGCAGCAGUGAGAAAACAUCAUAUUUCGCGCACGUAAAUUAAUAUAUGUCGUGAAUAAAUUCAGUAAAAAUUUCUCUAGGGUGUCCUUGUUAGAGAGGUGUUAACUAAGAGAGGUUCCACUGUAUACAGAGAUUUAAUUUAUUGCAUCCCAAUCAGGGUUUGAUAAAUUUAUCAUCGUAGAAUAUAUUGACGAUGCAGCCUCGUGUCAUCACAUUAAUGUUAUACUCAACUGAGCCAGGAGCCGUCACGACCUUCAAUGUUGCACUUCGGCGUUUAUACAUUACAGGUGCUACCAUGGACAGUUGUGAUACACGGUUCUUGGCCGGUUUUAUAUGGUAAUAGUAUGUAGAUUUGUUGAAACAUUUCGUGGCCUUAUAGUAGGCCAUGGUAGUAUUUAUUUGCAAGCAAAUGGUCGUGUCGACUUCAUACGACGAGCCAGCAUUCGGAUUACCACAGACGCCGCUUAAUUUACUCGGUCCUAGGAAUACGAUAUCGAAUACAGUUGACAGGACCAUUUGUUAGUUACAUGUAGGUUUAGUGAAAUGUCAUUGACUGUUAAACUGGUUGUUUCAUUAGAACGCUCAGUGAUCCAUUGUGAAUGAUAUUUAUUCGUUAUUAACUUAUUAAAAAU